UUGCGAAGAGAAUUCGCAUGGAAAGAUGAACAUUAACAUAUAUGAAACAGACUUGUGGCAAUGUGGACUUUCUAAAGAGUUCAUUAUCUUCAAUCAUUAAGAACUGUAAUACUUUUUGAAGUUGAAGAAGCGCCAGUAUGCCAUUGGAAGGAACAAACCCUCUCAUAAAUGCCCGCGACAGAUUAUUCCGCGCCCUGUUUUUCAAAAUGGCGCUUAUGUAUGCUCGUUCGUUUCCUCCGCCUGUUCGCCUUCUUUUAGAGAUGGGAGUGCUCAUGAAGGCUAUCACUUGUUUUGUAAUCCUGGGCUACAUACACAAUGCAUUUUCAAGGACUCCUAUAAACUGUUUGGACCAGAUCAAGGACCAGUGGCCCAGAGAUGGAGUACUUAGAGUAGUCAUAUCACGAAAUGCAGCUGUCAGCAGAUUAUCUGAAAAUGAUACUACAAGAACUAAUUUCACUAAUUCUGCUAACAUUACAGAAAAUAUCCUUGUAAAUAUUAGUAAUGUGGGAGCCAAUCUUAAAUCAGGAGAGAAUUAUUCAUCAUCUGUGGGAAAUGUGUAUGAUCAUUCAUCUAAUAAUGUGCCACAGAAUAACCAUCUUCCUGUAAAGGAUACUGUUGUGCCAAGUGCUUUUGAACUGUUAGCACCAAUCAAGAUCGAAGAGGAAAGAAAAGAAGAAUAUGCUGUUGAAUAUGCCUUGGAGUAUGGUUUUCUUAGACUUUCCUCAGAAUCCAGAAAGAAGCUGGGAAUUCCUGUUUUGGUGGUUGAACUUGACCCUGCAGUGGAGCAGUGUUUUGGAGAUAGUUUGAGUCGUUUCUUGUUAGAUGAAUUCCUUGGAUAUGAUGAUGUAUUAAUGUCAAGUGUCAAAAGACUGGCUGAGUAUGAAGACAACAAAGGUUAUCUACGUAACGUUGUGACUGGGGAUCAUUUUCGCUUUGUCAGUAUGUGGAUGGCACGCACAUCAUACUUAGUGGCUCUUGUUCUUAUGUUUAUUUUUACUAUUUCAAUUUCAAUGCUUUUGAGGUAUUGCCAUCAUCAAAUCUUUGUUUUCAUUGUGAAUUUGCUUCAGAUGUUGGAUUUAAAUGUGACAAUAGCAUUCCCUGCAGCACCUUUGUUCACAGUCAUUCUCUCUCUUGUGGGAAUGGAAGCUAUCAUGUCAGAGUUUUUCAAUGACACUACAACAAGCUUUUACAUCAUUCUGAUAGUAUGGACAGCUGAUCAAUAUGAUGCCAUUUGUUGUCAUACUCAACAGAGUAAAAAGUUCUGGCUAAGGUUCUUCUAUUUGUAUCAUUUUGCAUUUUAUGCAUAUCAUUACCGUUUUAAUGGUCAGUAUAGUGGACUUGCCCUCGUUACUUCAUGGUUAUUUAUUCAGCAUUCCAUGCUAUUUUUCUUCCAUCACUAUGAAUUACCAGUAAUCUUGAGUCAUCAGGCAGAUCCUGAAGAGGAUCUGUUGGCAGAUCCUAUUGCUGCCCUCACUGACGAGGUGAAUAUGCCUGCUAUAGAUGAUAUUGCCAAUCAUCCUGCACUGGAGAAUAAUCCACACCCUGAUUUACCAAUUAAUGAUGAUGAAAGAGAUAUUUCUCAGAGUAUUAACAGCAGAGAAACAAGUCACUCAACUACUGAAGCAGGAACUGUUCCAGUCAAUUCAUCAUUAACAAGAAGACACUGGGUGGGAGCAGGCAAUAUGGGGGAUGAUGUUGAUAGUUAUCAGGGACAUCACACGUGGCCACAGCAGCACCAAGGAAAUACAGGAACGACAACAUCCCACAGCUCAUCUUAAAUGAAAAUUGAAAAAAGAGUCCUGCUGUCCUUUUUACUGAUGAAGUCAAUUAGCCUGCAGAAGAUGCCCUUUUUUCCAUUAUCAAUGAACUACAACUGUGACAGUUAGAAAAUUGAGUUAAAUGUCAAUCACUUGUUUUUAUCAACUCAACAUUGUAAUUUCAGUAUAUGCUACAAUCUUCUUCCAAUCAAGGUGUUUGAUUUACUGGUCAAAUGCUUCAUAUUUGAUGUGUAGUACAAUUUAAGUUGAAUACAAUAUUGUCAUGAUUACCCAAGCAGCAACACAGGGAUACUGUUUGCUCCAGUGGCUAACCACCAAGUUGUUACUAUUCAACAAAAUAUAAAGUCUGAUUGGCCACCAUUUCCUGUGAAACUCAGUUACACAAAUCUCAAUGAAGCAGACACUGGCAUAGCAAAUAAUAUUUACUAGGCUAAUGAUAGUUUAUGGAAGCGAAUCCUGAGGUAAUGUACUCCUUUUAAACCUUUGCACCUUAAUAUCAGUAUGCAUCUUCGCCAAACUGUUCCCUAGACAUUUUCUAAGGUUCUGGCAAGGGAAAAUUGUUUACAAAUUUAGAAGUUCCUCAGUGAUCAUUUCCCUCAUUCUCAUGACCUUUAUGUGUGAUUAAGGAGUGAUAUUGUGAGAAGAAACUAGAUGCUAGUAGUCAUAGGUGUCAGAGGAUUAAGUUGGCAUUUUGUUGUAGUGGAAAUUACCGUAGUGGAUGGUCCACAAUAUCACUGUGAUAUUGUGUUGUGCAUAAGCUUUCACCUUCUCAGUGAAUAGUUGUAUCUAGAUUUGAUAAUUGUUUGUCUGAGGGGGAUUGACCACAUUCCUAGGGUCCCUAUCCUCCCUAUGACUAAGGAACAGCUUGGAAUGAGGAUGUCAGUGCAUCAUUAAGAAAAAGUCAACGAAAAAAAUGUUUUUCUUCCCAUACCUGUUUGUAAAUGUUGAGAUCAAGUUGCUAGUAAAACUUUUAAAUUGCCCAAUAUAAUCUUUAGACACUCUUAGAUGAACAAGACUCCAGUGGUGUUACUACUGAACAAAAUUCAAAUCUAACUGAGAAUUUAUCCUUUGAUCAAUUGCAGUUGUUGAGACGAGUUUUUAGGUUGAGUUUUCCAAUGGAAAGCAGCAAACAUGGUCACUCGAGUCCUAGAAAAAUGUAUUUGAUGGGUGCAAGCAUUAGUAUAACACAUCAAACAUUGAUUGUACAGAACAUUGUAAAAGUAAACUUAGUGAUGGGGUAGACUGGAAUUUGAUAUGAAACUUAAUUGAACUCAGUUGAGGAGAGGCUUUAUAUACAGUGUUUUUGCUGUUCCUGUAUUUUAUUGUAUGAAGUAGAGUGAGCAGGCACUUGUAAAAAGACAGAGGUUGAUAUUAGCAUGUGCCAAGAACUUGUAUUAUAAUAAAAACAUGAGAAGUUU